AUGUGUGUUCUCUGCAAGGACACUUUCUCCCGCAGUGAUAUCUUGAAGCGCCACUUCCAGAAGUGCUCAAUUCGUCGUGGUAACCCGACCGGCGCGACUCAUCUGUCGCACCCUCAGGCUCACCUCAAGCGCUCACAGCAGCAGGCGGCGGCCGCAAACCCUGCCAAGCCAAUUCAGGAUGAAGUCAGUAGUCCCGUUCCCGUUUCCAAUGGCGUUAUGGGUGCGCAAUUCGGCGAUGGGCACGUGAAUGGCAACGGAAUGGCUGGCAGCCGUCCCGGAUUCACGGAUCAACAGCCUCUAGGAUUCGCCAUGUCGCCGGCCAACGGUAUGGCCCGUGGCCCUGGCGAUGCCUGGAUGGCUCAGCCCAAGCAGAAUCCGUACUACAUGCACCCUGGAAACGAUUCCCAUAAUCAGCAACUGAGUGUUGAUCGUCCUAUUGAACAGGUAAAGCCCCUGGUCGCUCAUGACCCCAAACAUGCUGGCAUGGCCGGUCCCCAUCCGAACCAGCCCGGUGUUGACUGGACCUCGAUGUUUCAGCACGGCCACUCCGACGGCUACAUGAAUCCCGUUUUCCCCCACUCCAUGGCUGCCGGUCAGGAGCCCAUCCACGCCCCCGUCGACGCCGACCGCAAGUUCUACCCCGCUACGACCGCCGGUGGCCCCGAGAAUGGCAUGAACGGCCUGUAUCUUGCCCUCGACUACUCUGAGCGGUGA